CUUUCCUGAGUUUCCACUACUCACUGCGUUGAUACCAAAAUGACGAGUCUCAAGACUAUUGGCGCCAAACAGCCCGAAACGACCUACAUUGGCCGAUAUGCCGUUCGCAUUGUGGCUCUUAAGCCCUCGAAGGAGAUUGCAAUAAUCUAUGUCGACAAGGGAAACUAUUAUAAGCUACCGGGUGGGGGGAUUGAAAGAGACGAGGAGCAUCUCAGUGCCGCUCAACGCGAAGUUCAGGAAGAAACUGGAGCUAUUGUCUCUUUGCGCAACACCAACUGCAUAGCCACUACGGAAGAGUUUCGCAACGACCUUCACCAGAUUUCCUAUUGCUAUCUUGCCGACGUCCUCGAUGCUACAGGCAGCCCCUCUUUAACCGAAGAAGAACGCGUCGACGGGCUUAGCCAUCAAUGGAUGCCAAUCAACGAGGCUUUAGAAGCCAUGGUCUCGGUGAAACCAACAUCCGAGCUAGGCCGCUAUAUACAAGAGAGAGACAUUUAUCUCCUUACCGAGGCAAAGAAAGUUCUGGAGGACGGAUAUGGACAAAAGGUUUAGGGACUGACCUCAUACUUGUGGUUGGAGGCUGAUGCGAAAAUGGCACCUCCUGGCUGUGCAGCUGACGAAGGGUUGAAGUUGAUAACGUAUACAUGGCGAAUAUCAAGUCUCC